GGGGUUACUAAGUUUUGAGUGUGGGAAGCGAGCAAACGACACUCAAGCUCCCGAGAAGUUCCAUGAAAUAAGUUCAACCAAACCCUAAUUCUUGUACCGAGUUUUGUCGCUCAUUGGCAUCAGUCGGAGGCGAGGAAAUGCCAAAUAAAUCUAUUGUAAUGGGAAGCUGAUCGAAAUCAAAGUUGGGUGGGUGUCCCGGACAUCUGUUGAGUAGCAGCAAUUGUGCUCGGUUCGCCACCGGAGGACCAAGUCAAGCCACUGCGCGCAGUGCGAGCUCGCCGCAUGGCUCAGGAAGUGUCCAAACAAACCUUCACAGCCAUGUGUCGUCGAUUGACUGAUUUCGUGCCGUUAUGAACCAGCUGGGCUUUCGAAACCCGGAUGAAUUAUCGGAGGAAUGCCUUCGGAUCGAAGCCUUCGAGCCUCACAAGCUCUUGCCGAGUCGCGUGCAGUGCCAACAACCGCCAUUGUAGCAUCCGAAUCCUGCAAGCGCGAUGCAUUUGUAGUUGCGUUUGUGUUGGAAAGUUGCUUUUUCGAUCGUUUCGUGCGUGAUGGUUUUGCAGAUUGUGCAGCGAGACCUCGCCGAAAGUGAUUCAUCCGCAAGUGGGCAGCGACGUGGCGGGGGUUAGAAUAGAGCGCCAGGCUUGGAGGAUUGCUUGUCAUGCUGUGUUUAUGAUUCUCGUUGACGAGGACCUGGUGUGAGCAUCUGGUGUGCGUCGGCUUUGGAAGUGCCUUUAAUUUGGAGCGCUGAGAGGAGGAAAUUUUACUGUAGAGGGGUGUAGGCAUGGCUCAUCUGCACACCCGGCUCUCGGAAGAGGCCGAAGCAUGGAUUGCAACGGGUGUGGAUAGUUUCAGCAGGUGGCAGGAGUACGCGGCGGGAUUUGGGCGGGCGACGUACAUUGUGGCAGCGUUGGGGUUCUUUGCAGUGGUCAUUUUGGAGCUUCACAACAGUAGGAAACGGAGGCUGUCGAAGCUGCCUCCGGGGCCAUUUCAAUGGCCGUAUUUAGGGAGCCUUCCGAAUCUUCUCCUCACUGUAGGCGUAACGUCAUCGUUCAGAUUGCGGGAGAAGGUUAGCGAGCUCGGAAGGAAUCAUGGGCCGCUGAUGUUCUUGCAGAUCGCGGAUACGCAAAUUUUGAUUGUGUCAAGUGGGACAGCUGCGAAAGAGGUGCUAAUUGCGCGAGAUGAGGAAUUUAACUUCCGACCGCAAUGCGCAGUAGGAAAGUACUUGGGUUUCGGUUCUUCGGACAUAGCGUUUGCUGAGGGCAGGCACCAUUGGUACUUGCGCAAGCUCUGCGACACCCGCCUCUUCUCCGCAGACAGUUUUGUCUCGUAUGGGCAUAUUCCAAGAGCUGAAGCUCUGAAGAUGCUGCACUCCGUUUGGGAGGCUUCCAAGAAAGGGAAUGGCAUUUCCGUUCGAGAGACGGUGACGGCCUUUGUUCGCAACAGCUUGUGUGGGAUGUUGCUGGGUUCUGCACAUCUGGAUAUCGAGAAUGUCAGCCUACAAUUCACAGAGAAGACUUUGAUCACGUUGCUGGAUGAAACCAUUUGCGUGGUGGGGGAGAUAACACUGAGUGACCUCGCCCCUGGUCUGAAGCGGGUGGAUUUUCACGGCCGAACACGGAAGUUGAAGGAGCUCCACGAGCGGUGGGAGAAAUACCUCCGAGUGAUCCUGGAAGACCGCUCCCAUCGCUUGGAGAAGAGUGCUAAACCCGAGGCUCUAGUAGACGUGUUACUUUCACUGGACGAUGCAGACAUGAAACUCUCGAAUGAAGCCAUUAUGGGCGUCCUUUUGGAUACAUUGGUUGGGGGGGUAUACUCGACCAGUGCCACGAUAGAAUGGGCCCUGGCAGAACUCGUUCGUCACCCUGGAGUGCUUGAGAAAGUUCAAUUGGAAAUGUCCGAGGUUGUAGGCCCUUAUCACAUUGUGGAAGACGCCGAAAUUUCUCAGCUUCCUUACUUCCAGGCCACUGUGAAAGAAACCCUCCGACUCCACCCGGUGGUCCCCAUGUCACUCCCUCACAUGAACAAGGUGGCAACUUCCAUCUCUCGCUACCAAAUUCCUGCAAACACAUCUGUGGUAAUUGACUACAAAGCCAUUGCGCGCGACCCUGCGGCGUGGCACAAACCGCUCCGCUUCGACCCGAGCCGGUUCCUUCACACCAGCGCGGCAUCACAGAUUGACAACAUUUUCAAAUUCUUACCCUUCGGAUAUGGCCGCCGCGGCUGCCCGGGAGCCAAUUUCGCAGCUGUGUUGCUUCAACUGGCGUUGGCCCACCUCAUUCAAGCCUUCGACUGGGCCCCAACUAAAGGGCAACUUCCACACGAUAUCGACGUCAAGGAGUCCCCGGGGCUCGUCUGUUUCAGGUUCUCACCUUUGGUUCUGAGCUCCACUCCACGCCUGGCCAAUUCUCUGUAUCAGGUCUCUCCCUAGUGUCCGAUUUUCACCAUCGUUCCCUUCUGGAGGACAGGAGUCUGUAGUGUAAUCUCUUUCAGAAUGUGUUCGUGCCUUGCGUCUAGCCUCCGCCGUCAUAUCCACAGAAUUCACAGAAGAAGCUCAGUCUCUUAACCUUAGUGGAGCCCCACUAUUCUGAUAGUCUGUUGCGACACGAGCAUCUGUGUGGUUCGUUGGAAAAGCUGACGCAUCGCUCCUCAUGAAUCCCUCGCAAUCUCACGCAAAUUUCACGCGCUGCACGCCGCGAUCCUUCGCUAGCUUCUCCGUUCGAAUGAAAAAAGUAUUCAUCCUCCUGUUCUCGCAGAUGAGACAUAUAAUUUUCUGUUAUGUAUUACGUGCAUGAAAAGCCUACAUGUAUUAAAAGUUUAGUGUACAUGAAUUGAUUCACCAAAAAGAAAACAACAUUUACUCUAGAGGAUUCUCUCCAUCUACGAAUAGUUGUAGGUAUCCAUAAUAGACAUCAAUUUUCUUAGUUUAACUUUAAUAUAAUACUUGUUAACAUUCUGUAUCAUGAUCGUCUAAAGCAGUAGGUGUCAUUGUGAGGUUUUCACAAUGACACCAAAUGGUUAUCACAA